AUGACGUCGAGUGCGCCGCCCCCGCGUGCGGCCCCGAGGACGACGUCGGGCCGCGCUGCACGCCGGGCCCGCCUGCGCGCCACGCAUGCGCGGAAGGCCCAGCAGGCCAGCCACCGUCUGGCUGGACUCUUGGCGGCAGGACCGCCACCUGGCCUGUGCUGCGACGACUUCGCCUACUUCUAUGCGAACCAGCACGCCUUCGAGGAGCAAUACGCCUUCGAGGAGCAGCACGCGGUCACGGAGCACUUAGCCGAAUUCGGCCACUGCGAGUUCGUCGCCGACGCCGUCCCCAGCCACCUGGGCGACGGCCUCACCACCGCUCCCACACAUCGAGGUCAUGAUGGCGCUCAGCUGUUCGCUCCGAAGGACGACAUCGAGCAGCAGGCCUCUGGCGAGAAGUUCAUUAACGAGGAGGCGGGAGACAACCAGGCGCCCGCCAUCUCCGACGGGGAGCCUGUGGCGUCUCAGCUGCGCAUCGACUCCGCUUCCCCGAAGCAGGACUCGUUCAAGGUGCCCGUUGAGGAGAUGAUGGUCGCCCCUCAGGAGCUGCCCCCUUCCGAGGAGCCCACCGGCGACCCCCAGCAGCCCGACGAGAUUCUGAGGCAGUACCCCCCGCUGGACUUCGUGCGGGCCCUCAGACCUCUGGAGCGCGAGCCGGCCGUGAAGGAGUUCAUGGCAAGGGUGCCGACCGAGAGCACCGAUAUGCAAGCUGACCUGCCCACCGUGGACAGCAAGGGGCUGAACGACACCGCUUGCGAGAGCCUGGAGGUCAUCGACUGGCGUGCCGAGACGGAUGAGCCGCUGGAGCAGCCCGUCGUGGAGGCUUGGGACGUGCGCGUCGAGGACCACCCGCUUAGCGACAACAAGGAGCUGAGCGACACCACCUGCGGGAUUCUCGAGCCCGCGAAAAAAAGCGACGCCAAGAUUAAGAUGAAGCUGAAGACGCACCUGUUCAGGGUGGACUUCCGUAACAUGAGCUUGAGGGCCGUUAAUAGGAACGGCCUCGGCACCCGACUGCGGCUCUGCAGAGAUCUGCUGUAG